UGCUCCGCCGUGGUAAUUCGACUGCCGACACACUUAACCUAGAAAAGAGUGACCCUAGUGCCAGACCGGCAAUCUCCCUUCUUAUCUUAGCUUAUCACAAUCCACCAACUCGAGCGCAAGAAGCGGCCUCAGGCUAGUGCGUAGCACCCACGCAAGAUGGAGGUGGAGAGGGUUCAAGUCAUCGCUUCCGUCUGCGCCGCCGACGGUGUUAUGCCUCCGGAGUUCAUACGGUCGGAGCACGAGCAGCCGGGCAUCACCACCUACCGCGGCCCCGCGCCGGAGAUCCCCGUCAUCGACCUCGCGGGCGCCGACCGGGACCGGUUGACGAUCGCCGUCGCCGAGGCCAGCCGGGAGUGGGGAAUCUUCCAACUGCUGAACCACGGGAUCCCGAGGGAGGUGAUCCGUGAGCUUCAGCGCGUCGGCAAGCAAUUCUUCGAGUUGCCGCAGGAGGAGAAGGAGAUGUACGCGAUGGAAUGCAAACCGGGGAGCUCGGAAGGAUAUGGGACCAAGCUGCAGAGGGAGUUGGAGGGCAAAAAGGCUUGGGUAGACUUCUUCUUCCACUACAUUUCGCCGCCGGCUCGCGUCAACCACGCCAUCUGGCCCAAGAACCCUGCUGAUUAUAGGAAAGCAAACGAGGAAUAUGGCAAACACCUGGUGGGUCUGGUGGACAAGAUGCUGAUGACGCUGUCGAGGGGACUGGGACUGGAGGAGCAUGUCCUCAAGGGAGCACUCGGUGGAGAUGGACUGGAGCUACGUCUAAAGAUGAACUACUACCCACCGUGUCCUCGGCCUGACCUGGCUCUCGGCGUGGUGGCGCACACUGACAUGUGUGCUAUCACCUUCCUCGUCCCUAACCUUGUGCCGGGUUUGCAGGUCUUCAAAGAUGAGCACUGGAUUGACGUCAACUUCAUUCCUAAUGCUGUCAUCGUCCACAUCGGUGAUCAGAUCGAGAUUUUGAGCAAUGGAACAUACAAGAGCGUGCUGCACAGAACGACCGUGAACAAAGAGAAGGUGAGGAUGUCUUGGCCAGUGUUCUGCGCGCCUCCUGGUGAGAUGGUAAUUGGCCCUCUGCAACAGCUCGUCGGCGAUGAGAGCCCAGCCAAGUAUAAGCCGAAGAAGUACAAAGACUACGCCUACUGCAAGCUCAACAAGCUUCCGCAAUAAAUCUCCCUACAAUUCGAUCUUCCUAUCUCUAUGUUUGAAUUUAAUUGGGUUGCCCAAUUCCUCAGCAUUGCCGAGAAUAAACAAGUCUGGUUUCAUACCACUCAUGGCUGUAACUUGUGAGACAGCUGCUUGAGUAAAUGCGUGAUGGCUGAUUCUGAAAUUACAAAGACUACGCCUACUGCAAACUAAAAUUUAUAGUCAAUGAAGAUAAAAGAUUUAUGUA